GUGCAUUGUGGGAGCUAGUUGAGAAACAUGGCGGCGCGCAUCCUUGCCCGGUGUGUCCGAUCGCUGAACCACCGUUCUCUAUAUUUUAACCGUGUAAACACUGUCGCGACUUUAACAGCAGCUCCGCUCAUCCAUGGCCGGACACUUUCACAUCUGACAACCGGACAUAAGUCUUCACUGGCGCAGGUGUCUGGCAGUUCACCACAGAUCUUUCAGUGGAGGCAGUUCUGUGACUCGCCUCCGUUAACCCUAAAGACUGUCCAUGAGCGUGUGCUCUACGUCCUGAAGCUUUAUGACAAGAUCAACCCUGAGAAGCUUCAGGUCACCUCUCACUUCAUGAAAGAUUUGGGACUGGACAGUUUAGACCAGGUGGAGAUCAUCAUGGCCAUGGAAGAUGAAUUUGGUUUUGAGAUCCCUGAUGAGGAUGCAGAAAAGUUGAUGACCCCAGAACAGGUUGUACAGUACAUCGCAGAAAAGAAGGAAGUUCAUGAAUGAGCAUGACCUUUCAUUAUCAAGACAAUCCCAUCAGAUGAAAAAGAUCAUGGAGACUCUGUCGUGAACUUUUUCUGCUGUUCUUUAUUUGUUUUGUAUUUCAAUACAUGUUUAAAUCUGUGUUCAUUAUUUUGUUGGUGGCCACUUGUCAUUUUCUGGUUUGCAGUAUUCUUCUGCUAGAGACAUGCACAAAGAGCGUGCAAAUAUUGUGAAUAAUUCUUAUGAAUGCUGCAAAAUAAAAACUUUAAAUCAGUU